AUGAAGCCUCCCCCUCUUCUGACCUUCCUUGGCCUCCUGGUGGCCCUGGCUGGCGGGAACCUGGUCCAGUUUGGGGUGAUGAUUGAGAAGAUGACUGGGAAGUCGGCGCUGCAGUACAACGACUACGGCUGCUACUGCGGCAUCGGCGGCUCCCACUGGCCGGUGGACCCCACGGACUGGUGCUGCCAUGCCCACGACUGCUGCUACGGGCGCCUGCAGAAGCUGGGCUGCGAGCCCAAACUGGAGCGGUACCUUUUCUCCGCCAGCAAGAGCAACAUCCUCUGCUCCGGCAGAACUACCUGCCAGCAGCAGACCUGCGAGUGUGACAAGACGGCUGCACUCUGCUUUCGCCAAAACCUGGACACCUACGACCGCAAAUACGCCCAUUACCCCAACAAGCUGUGCACAGGCCCCAGCCCACCCUGCUAAGGCUGUGCCCCCUCCUCCCUGUGGCCCUCUGAGGCCCCAGGCCUGGGGAACAUGGGCACCAAAGGCUCUCC